GAAUUAUCCAUCCGCUUCUAUUUUGUUUUCUCGCCAUAGAUUCUCUUCCCAACCAUACUGUGCCCGCUAAACCCAGGGAGAAGCCAUGUUCAUAAAGCUCUCCUCCUCCAGACCUUCUCCUUCUUUAUGGUUUUUCAGUAGAUUAUCCAAUUCAAAGCCGCCUUUACUUGACCACGCCUUGAAACCCAAAGCCCUUUUCUCAAAAUCUCCUCUGUCUUCUAUUUGUUGCUCUUUUUCUUCAACAACCGUUGGUUUUCAGUGCAAGAACCGGUUUUUCUACCAAAAGGGUUGCUACCCUCUUUUGCAAAGGCUUGAUUUCAAGACACAGGCUGGUCCUGGAUUUGAUUUUGGUGGUGUUGAAUCUGUUUUGGAGGCAGCUGCUGUGUUGACUGCUAUUGUUGUGGUUCAUGAGGGUGGGCACUUUCUUGCUGCUUACCUCCAGGGAAUUCAUGUAAGUAAGUUUGCAGUUGGGUUUGGUCCUAUUCUAGCUAAAUUCAAUGCAAACAAUGUAGAGUAUUCUAUUAGAGCUUUUCCUUUAGAUAUUAUUGUUUUCCCUGAGGUGAUUGUUGUUUAAUAGUCAAAUGUUUUGCUGAUAUGCGCUUUCUGUUGUUAAGGAAAAAGAAUACGGAUCUUUUACCUUUGCUUCAUCUAAUCUGAAGGACAGGAGAAACAUUUGAUCUAAAAUUUUUCUCUAGGCUGGCUCCUUGAUAAGAGUGAAGUUGGCUGGUUUAUGAAGUUUCAGUCUGUUCUUUGCUUCCAAAACAAGAUGCAACUAGCUGUUUGGAAUAUAAACUAUGGGUUUUUUAGCAUAGUUGUGUAAAUCUGCCCAGCUGGUUGAAACAGAAAGAUAUGUAGCAGAAAUGAGUUGGUAUGCAAAGAGUUUAUGCUUUUAUGUUAUUAAAAUUCCUUUCUGCAGAAUUUGCAAGUUUAUCUGAAGAUUGCCCCACCCUUACUAUCUCUUGUCAGAUGUGAUUCAUUUGCUGUAGGCCUCUAAAUCUUGUUUUGAAUUUUUGAGGUGUUGCAUGGUCUACUUAUAUGCCAUGUGGGAUGUGGCUGUGAAAAUUCCAAUAGUCACAACUAGUGAAGAAAUUCGGUUAAAGAAGUGCACAUAUUUCCAAGCAUGAUUGAGUUGGCAAACCUUAGUGGAGAACAAGGACAGGUGGUAAGAUCUGGAAGGAGUUUUGAACAAGUCUACUGUGAGGCAUCUACCUUUCUCAGGCAACCACCCACGAUUUGCAGAAAGUGGGCAGUUUCAGGCUUCCAUGGAACAAAUGAAAGAGAGAGUUUCUAAUCAUUUAACACACGGCUGGCCAUACACACAACUUGAUAGAUGCUUUUCAAUUCUUAGUUCUUCACGGUAAUUGCUCAUUGCAGCUUUAUAGAUUUAAGUUUUUAGCACAAUUCCUAGUACAAUUAGGUUGAUUUCAGCGUCCAAUUGGUUAAUCUAGUUUGUGUAGUUAAUUCAGCAACCUCUCUUCGUGUAAUAAACAAGAAGCAUUUUGGUUUCUGUAAGGUAUUGUAUCUUUUUUU